AUGCGGUACAUUGCUCUGGCUCUGCUAGCCGCGCUUCGCUUUUCGCAAGCCCGGCAGCCGGGCUUCAGCAUCCAUGAUGACCUGCUCGCAUAUCCCCAGUUCGAGCUUGUCUUUUCGGACGACUUCAUCUCAGAGACCGAUGCCCUUGCUCUCCUCGAGUCAUCAGGGCCCCAGAGUCCAGCAUACCGGGCCGAAUCCUCGUCGCAAACCGACCUGACCAGCAACGUGCGCGAAUCCGCAGCGGCCAACGCACCCCCGGUACCAGGGAGUAGCAGUAGUGGCGAUAACCUACCCGACGACGAUGACACACCCAUCUCGGAAACAUACGAGCUGAUCAACAGCGCCCCCUGGAGAUACCUGUGCGCCGUCCCCGUCAUCGCCCCGCCGCCCGUGCUGAACCGGACAGCGACCGAGCUGGCCAAGGCGGAAGAGGCUCGCGAGCUCAGCAGGGCGUCAGCAAAGGGCUGGGAACUGAUGAGCGGGCUCGAUGGACACUGCAUGUACUUCAUGUCCGGGUGGUGGAGCUACAGCUUCUGCUACGGCAAGAGCGUCGUCCAGUUCCACGCCAUACCCAGCAACAAGGGCGGCCCGCCGGUCAAGGACGAGAAUAGCCAGGAGUACGUCCUCGGUAGGAUCGACGGAUUGCACGGCGCCCAAGACCCGGCCAGCCCAGAAGGCCAAACCAAGAGCCUCACCCCGCCGAACGCGCAGCUCCAGGUCAAGGGCGAUCAGCGCUAUCUCUCGCAGCGGCUCGAGCACGGCACCAUCUGCGACCUCACCGGCCGGCCGCGCACCAUCGAGGUGCAGUACCACUGCAGUCCGGGCUCUGCCAUCGACAGGAUCGGCUGGGUCAAGGAGGUCACAACCUGCACCUACCUGAUGGUCGUCUACACGCCGCGGCUCUGCGCAGACGUGGCGUUCCAGCCACCGAAGGAAACGCGCGCCCACCCGAUCAGGUGCCGGCAGAUCAUCGGUACGGCCGAGGAAGAGUCGGCGUGGCGGUACCACAAGCGGGUCGAAGCGGGCGACAAGCUGUUCUCCUCUCAGAAGAAGCCAACCACCGCCACCUCCUCGAACACUAACCACAACAACAACAAUGACAACAAGAACGAAUUCACAGGCAUCAACAUAGGCGGCGUCGUGGUCGGCGGGAAGAAGGUGAUAUCCGACGCGCUGGCGCACAAGCUCCCCCUGCCGCGCGGACUGUCGCGCUCGGGGGGCACGCCGGCUCUGGUGCUUGCGUCGCGCAAGAAGGACUCAGCCAAGGUCGAGACCAUGAGCGACGAGGAGCUGGAGAAGCUGAAUCUCGACCCGCAGACGGUCGAGCAGUUCCGCGAGCAGAUGCAGGCGCGCGCGGGCAACCGCGGGUGGAAGCUGCAGGUCGAGCUGGUGGCCGGGCAGGGGUAUGAGUAUGUUGGUGCGUUUGACGAGGAGGAGGACGACGACCAGACAGGCGGGGGGCAAGGACGUGCAAACGAUGCCGGAGGGGAAGAAGGAGAAGCAGCCGAAGGGGGGAAGGCGGGUGGUGAAGAGGAGAUCGCACGGGAAGAGGGGGAGGAGCCAGAGGGGUCGGAGGAGGUCUUCUUUAAGGAGGAGCUAUAG